AUGGAAGUACCCGGAGAAGUUGGUGCUCCGCGUAGCAAAUUUGUGCCCCUCCACUCAUCGGACCGCCGAGGCAUGGAACUACUUGGAGAAGAUGGUGCUCCGCGUAGCAAAUUCGGAUGUGUUUUGAGAGGCUGCCAGGCAAGACGCUUUGCCAGAUGUUCAUCAUCAAUGUCGGUCAGGGGUUCAGGCACCUUUGGAACGCAUGGCAUCAGCCAUAUGGACCUGCAUGGAUGUGAUAGUUUACUCAAACAUUUUUAUGCCUUCAACUACAGCUACCACACAACUUCAUUGAGAUUUGUUUUCUAUAGGACCUGGAUUAAUAAUCUCCAACAAUAUGGUAAUGCUUGA